AUGGACGACCCUUCCCUUUCUCCAUCCAACGACCACCGGACCCAUCGAUCCGGUCACUGGCACGAGUACCGCGAGAUUAUCGAACAACUCUAUCGCACCGAUCAAUUGAAACUACGAGAUGUGAAACGUAUUAUGGAGCAGGAAUACAAGUUUUUUGCCUCGGAAAAACAGUACAAAGAUCGUCUUGCGACCUGGAAUGUUCGAAAGAAUAUCAAAGCGGCUGAAUUCGAAAUUAUGAUUCGCAAAAAGCAAAAGCGUGCCGCCCAGGGCAAGCAAACAGCCUUCCGCAGGGCCGGCCAUGUUGUUGAUGACAAGCGAAUUGCCCGCUUUGCUCGUCGCUCUUGUGCCUCAUGGAUGCGGAAUCGAGAUCAAGACACAGAACUUCAAAGUCCCGAACCGGGUGCGAGCAAUAUUGCGACUAUGUCCGAUCUAGUCAUUGAUGACGACCAAUCCUAUCAGAUGAUUAUGCAUAAUACGAGUCGUCGAACAAACAGUUUUUCAUCGGACCACGUCACUCAUGCCGGUGAUUACUUGGUAUCUCAUUCGAUUCACACGGUGGCUCAGCCUUUGCUCCCUUCACCCGGCUCCCCGGCCCUUUAUCCAUUCCACGAUAAUAACCAUCCCGGCCAGCACGCAACCGUAGCCUCUGCCUCUGUUGUACCGUUUGUGCCCGUUCAACCGGGUGUUAUUGAUCCCCCCGGCGAGCUGGUCACCCACUCUGAUGACUGGAACCGCCUCGAUGCUUUUCAGACUCGACUCAAAGGUCUGCAACACACUCUCAACCAGACAAUGUCCAAAUGGGACCGGGAACCUGAUCCCAAUAUAGAGUUCACUAAUCACGAGGGGCUCGGGAUGUGA